AUUCCAUCCAAUCCAACAAAUGCCCAAUAUUAUUAUAGAUUAUGUAUAGAUAAGAAGAGAAAGCAAAUUACUUACUCAUCAGCUUCCUCCCUUUCACUCACCCCCUCCUUCCUUCUUUCAAUGGCUUUCUCACCCACAGCUUCACCAUUCUCACACCUCCAAUCUUCUUCCCUUCUUCCCAUUUUCAGGCUUCAACACCCUCUUCUUCUCUCUCCUUCUUCUCCUUCUCCUUCUUCUUUCAAUGCAAAACGCUUUGACAGCCGUCGCAUCCACAUUCGUGUUACUGCUUCUGCAACUGCCACUGUCGAGUCUGGAAAUGGCGCUUUAGUUACUCAAGAAAAGAACUUGGACUCCAUUUCCUAUGGAAGGCAGUACUUUCCUUUAGCUGCUGUUGUUGGCCAGGAUGCUAUUAAAACUGCUUUGUUGCUUGGGGCUAUAGACCGCGAAAUUGGAGGAAUUGCUAUCUCCGGAAAGCGUGGAACAGCCAAGACAGUAAUGGCACGUGGAUUGCAUGCAAUUUUGCCACCCAUUGAAGUAGUUGUUGGUUCAAUGGCAAAUGCUGAUCCAGCCUGUCCCGAAGAGUGGGAAGAUGUUUUACCUGACUGCAUGGAGUAUGAUUCUGCUGGUAAUAUCAAGACUCAGAUUGUCAGGUCUCCUUUUGUUCAGAUUCCACUUGGAGUCACAGAGGACAGACUCAUUGGGUCUGUUGAUGUCGAGGAGUCUGUGAAAACAGGAACCACUGUUUUCCAGCCAGGCCUUCUUGCUGAAGCUCAUCGAGGUGUAUUAUACGUUGAUGAAAUUAAUCUUUUGGAUGAGGGUAUUAGUAAUUUGCUUCUUAACGUAUUAACUGAAGGAGUUAAUAUUGUGGAAAGAGAGGGAAUCAGCUUUAGGCAUCCAUGCAAGCCUCUCUUGAUUGCUACUUACAAUCCGGAAGAGGGUGCUGUUCGUGAACACUUACUAGAUCGUAUUGCAAUUAAUUUGAGUGCAGAUCUUGAAAUGAGUUUUGAUGAUCGUGUUGCAGCUGUGGGUAUUGCAACACAAUUUCAGGAACAUAGUUCUGAAGUCUUUAAAAUGGUUCAAGAAGAAACAGAAUAUGUAAAAACUCAGAUCAUUUUGGCAAGAGAGUAUCUAAAGGAUGUCGUUAUAAGCAGAGAACAAUUAAAGUACCUGGUUUUGGAAGCUCUUCGAGGUGGUUGCCAGGGGCAUAGAGCUGAGCUAUAUUCUGCUCGUGUUGCAAAAUCCUUAGCUGCUCUAGAAGGACGAGAAAAAGUUAAUGUUGACGACCUGAAAAAAGCUGUAGAACUGGUCAUUCUUCCUCGUUCAAUCAUCACUGAGAACCCACCAGAACAGCAAAAUCAACAGCCUCCACCUCCACCACCUCCUCCACAAAAUGAAGAAUCCGGGGAAGAGCAAAAUGAGGAGGAAGAACAAGAGGAUGAAAAUGAUGAAGAAAAUGAUGAAGAGAAUGAACAAGAGCCUCAAAUUCCUGAAGAGUUUAUCUUUGAUGCAGAAGGGGGUUUGGCGGAUGAGAAGCUUCUUUUUUUUGCACAACAAGCGCAGAGACGCAGAGGGAAGGCUGGGAGAGCAAAGAAUGUUAUAUUUUCAGAAGAUAGAGGUCGAUAUAUUAAGCCAAUGCUUCCAAAGGGCCCUAUAAGGAGAUUAGCUGUUGAUGCGACCCUUAGAGCUGCUGCACCAUAUCAAAAGUUGCGUAGGGAAAAGAACACUCAAAGUGGUAGGAAAGUGUUUGUGGAAAAAACUGAUAUGAGAGCGAAGAGAAUGGCACGAAAGGCAGGAGCACUGGUUAUAUUUGUUGUUGAUGCAAGUGGAAGCAUGGCAUUGAAUAGAAUGCAGAAUGCAAAAGGAGCAGCACUCAAGUUACUAGCAGAAAGUUAUACAAGCAGAGAUCAGGUUUCUAUCAUUCCUUUCCGUGGAGAUUCUGCAGAAGUUCUUCUGCCUCCUUCUAGAUCAAUUUCAAUGGCAAGAAGACGUCUUGAGAGACUUCCAUGUGGUGGAGGUUCUCCCCUUGCCCAUGGUCUGACCACGGCUGUUAGGGUUGGACUAAAUGCAGAGAAGAGUGGUGAUGUUGGACGUAUCAUGAUUGUUGCAAUAACGGAUGGUAGAGCCAAUAUAUCACUAAAAAGAUCCACUGACCCUGAAGCUGCUGCUGCUAAUGAUGCUCCAAGACCGUCGUUGCAGGAGUUGAAGGAUGAGAUUCUUGAGGUUGCUGGUAAAAUCUACAAAUCAGGGAUGUCUCUCCUCGUCAUCGACACUGAAAAUAAGUUUGUUUCAACUGGUUUUGCUAAGGAGAUUGCCAGAGUGGCUCAAGGAAAAUAUUAUUACUUGCCAAAUGCGUCAGAUGCUGUAAUCUCAGCUGCAACAAAGGACGCUUUAUCAGCCCUGAAAAGCACAUGAAGCAUCAGAAAUUGUUGUUUUAUGUUGUUCCAUUUCGGCUAGUUUGGCCAUAAAAGCAGCUAGUUCCUAUAAAAAUAUAUUUUCUUCUAUUGGAACAGAACAAGGACAUGAGGGGACGCACAAUUUGGGGACAGCAUAUCUCAACCAUAAAAAAUAUGCAACUUUGUUCAUUCUUCUUCUA